UACAUCAAAUAUGAGAAGCAGUUCAUUACUUUCCAGUGGGAAAAAACUGAGUUCGGUGAAUGGUGUGUUGUUUACCGGUGGAUCAGAGAAGCAAGGUGUAUAUUUUGAGACAAUAAAAAAAGUGUUUCAGUAUGUUUUGGACAGGAAUGACGCGGGUGAAUCAUUUCCUUUAUUUGCUCAAUGCCUAGGCUUUGAGCUUGACAAUAAUAUCUUGGAGACUUUUGAUGCCCAGAAUCAAGCAUCUACACUUCAGUUUUCCAACUAUUCUUUUGAGGGCUCAGUGUUUCAAAGGCUCACACAAAUUUGAUGAUGGUGGCGGUCCAUAUUUUCUUGGUGUUAGAGAAUGAUGCCUGAAGAUUUAUUUUGUAUGAAUGUUUAGAUGGGUGAAAAUUUCCUUUGUAUAUGUUUUAAUUUUCUUAGAGUUCUUCAUGAUUUGCUUAAUUGGUCUUAAAAAGUUGCUUCAUGUGACCAUUGAGUUGAAUGGCAGUAUUAGUGAAGUAGAAAUAACUGUGAGCAUAUUAGGAAGGGUGGUGGUGGUUGUGAUUCCAGUAAAAAGUUGCUCGUGAUACUACUACUUUUCAUGUACUA